AUGGAACGGAAUAAGUAAUUCAAUUACUUAUAACAAUAAAAACCACCUCCAUAAGUGGAUGUAUUCCAUAGACAUCAUAAGACUCCAGUUUCCUUUUUGAAUAGGACAAUAGAUCCAUCUCGACAUAAUAGAAAUCAACGAAUUCGUGAAGCCAUGACUUCGAAUAUCAAACUUAGCAAUUAUACAGUAUUAACCAGAAGUCCAAAAAAGCAAUCUAAACCUACAUCCAAAGAAGUUCAUUCUGAAAAUGAAUAGUUUUUCUCAUAAUUAUUGGAUAGAAGAUCAAAACUAAAUUCACAAGAGAAAUCAAAUAGUUUCUAUUUGUUAUGCGAAACCAAUGCUAAGGAGAAAGUAUUGAAUUAAGUGCAUUUACAAUUAAAUUCUUUUCCGUAACAAAGCUCUUUAGAUCUUAAGGCUUCUGCAUAAAGGAAGAUAAGCUCAAUAGAUUUAAAUUGUAAAUAAUUACAAAUAAACAUAGAAUCAUUCAAUUAGUAAAUUAUAUAAUCUGAGUCUGCUACUCCAAAGAAAUAAUUGAAAAAACAAAGAUUCAUUUAAAAAAUAAACCAAACAUUUUACUAACAAUUGUUCCCUACUUGUAAAAUAAGAAAUAGAGGAUUUGCAGCUGUGAGAAAUUAGCUAUUUAAUGAAUCGAGAGCAUUGAAUUGUUUGAACAUUACUAUUAGUAAUUAUAAAGUAUGA